UUUAAAUUUCUAUUAUAUCCACUUUAGAAUCCUCAGGUCUACCACAAUAAUAUCAUACCGUAAAUUUACAUAUUAAGUUAAAAUUACAGUUGUAUACAUCGCUAAAUCAGUCUAAUAUACCAGAAAAUGGUGAAAAUAAUUUUAAAUAGAUGACUUUUGGUUAUGAAACUCUUGUGGAUUCCGGAGAAGGUGACUUUGUGUGUUUAGGCAACUUCCAAAGUCCAACUUCGAAGGAUAUUUUAUUGGUGAAGGAAAAUAAAUUGCUUCUGUACACAUUUAGUGAUAGCUUUGCUAGUGUUUUAGAUAAUUUCAACCCAGAAUCACUAAAUAAUUUGAGUCAAAAGAACAAAUUGAAGUUUGUUCAAGAAUAUAAAUUUUCCAGCUCAAUAUCGUCAUGUAAUGUACUAAAGCAACUAUUAUACUUCCCGAAUCUUCACGAUUCUGACAGUCUUGGCCCUGUAAAAGGAGUAGAUGAAGGCUCAAAAGCUUCUGACAAAAACGAGUAUUUGGACGGGAUAAUAAUUCUUUCUGAUGGCAACGUGACCAUUUAUUACUUUAAUAUAUUAAAUUGUGAAUUUAAGUCACUGUUUCAGUUUGAUCAUCAAGAAGAAGAAGUAGAUGAGGUGUUAGAUACGAACUAUGAGUACUCAGAUAUGCUGGUGGUGUACCAUAAAGACUGGGUAAUAGAUAACAAAUUGGCAAAUGAUGAUAAAAUCUACAUUAAAAAUUAUUUAAUAAUUUACACAUAUAAACAGUUCCACCUUAACUUUUUGCUGUUAAACUCUUAUUUUCAUUACAAGGGUAACUGCUCAGAACUGAACUCUACAAAUAAGACGAGUGAUAGCCCCAAAAGCAAAGACAGUAGUAGAAGAAAUAGCAAUGAACAGGAAAAUGACAAGUAUAAAUCUCCGUACUUAAUAUUGUCAAACUAUAUAAAGAUGGAUUUGAAAGAAAAGUUCAAUUUGAACAAGAAUAGCCUGGUUAAGGCUAUAUCUUUCAUAGAUAAUUAUCAUACGCCAAUAUUGGGAGUGCUGACCACAAAUUACCCGGAGUUCAUAUCAAACCACAAUGUCACACAUGAAUCCAAGGAAGACAAGUUACAUGUUGAAAAUCAACUAGAAAACUGUAUAAGCGUGAUAAACUCCCUGUUCAUACUAAAUAUUGACCUGGUUCUGAUAAACAUAAAUAUACUAAACAGGAUGGACGAUAUCCCAAUGAACACAGUAUACCUUAGAGGACUAGUGUACAAUAACUUUAUAGGGUUCAUAAUGUGCAAUAAUGACUUGAUAUACUGGUUUAAUAUGUUCAGUAGUGAUUUUUACUACCAAUUUAUCAAUUACUAUUCACUUGACCUCAAGCCAAGACAAGGAAGCCACAUAAUCGAUAACAGGAAAAUGAACUUAGAGUUGUACGAUUAUAGACUAGAAACAACAAAGUCUAAAUCUGGUGGAUUUGAUGUUUUGUUAUUGCCAGAAAAGGAUAAUGGAGAGCCAGCAUAUCUGGGGAAAUUUGAAUACGACGAUGAUAUAGUAGACAUAAAGUGGCAAAAGUUUAAACAAUUGAAUGAAGAACCAUUCUAUGUAAACGAUUUUGAUAUCGAGUUUCUGGAUGAAAACAACAUGCUAGUUGUUAACACUAACAAUAUUAAUCUUUUGCAAGCUACUAUAUUGACAAGAGGACUAGAGGAAUCAGAAGACCCAAGAUUAGUAAACCUAGAGAGCAUAAAAUCACUUGGAUUUAUCAAGCACCUUAACUACUAUCAUUUUAACCCUAAUAAACUAAUCAACGAUAAUCAAGAAAAUAGGAACCAAAUCCACCCUAACACUGACCAUUUCUGUCUUAACACCUAUAAUUUAGCUGAAGACGAAGCUUGUUAUAUGGUUGGAAUAAGAAAUGAUAAGAACAUAGUAAAAUUAUCCAAUAAAAAGAUGUUGUACCUUAAAGCAUACAUUAGAGCAGACGAUAAAUUUACAAUAAAUAGAAAUAAGAUGUGUAACAAUAAUAGAGCGAUAGAACCAAAAGAUAAUAAGUUGAAGAUAAGUAAUAUUGGAACUGAAGAUGUUUUGAAUGAUAAACUGAUGGAUAAGGUAAAAUCUGUUAAAUUUGUAGCCGAAUUCAUAGCCGUAUUAUACACUAACGACCAAUUGCAUAAAUAUAAUGUAAAUGAGUUUGGAGCCCAAAACACCAGUAAACAGAGUAAAUCAACCAAGAGUAAAAAAAACACUACAAAUGCCAGCAAGGUUGAGGUAGGAGUUAAAAUGUUCAACACACUGGAACAUAAAAAUAACGCCUACUUAACCUACUUGACCCUUAAUAAUUAUCUCUAUCUGUACAAUUUAAACUAUAAUUUUAUAGUAUUUAAGUUAAAUAAUCUCUUACACCUAAACAAUACCGUCAUGCCGCAAGUUUACAAUUAUGACGCCAUUUUACACGAAGCUGAACAAGAGAUGACUGGAGGGGAUUCAGAGCAUGGAUAUAGGCUGAAAGAUAAUGAUUCUGAAUCGAAUAACCAAAAGCUUAAUUCGUCUAAAACUAAGAGUAAGUUGGAGAUAAUGGAAGAGAUAGUGGCGUCACACAUGAUAGUUAAGGAGGACCAGGUGUAUAUGAUGUUAUUGAUCUCAGGAUACCCACUGUACAUUUAUAAACUUGUGGAUGUAAGUAGAAAGCUUAAGAGAAGGUUUUGUUAUUUUAAACUGGUAAAACAUAAUCAAAUAGCGCCAUUCCCAUCACUAUUGCUAAACCACGAUAACGUAGUGUACAAGUUAAACCCUAAAAUAGAGGAGGUUAUAAAUGAUAAUAAUCAAAUCUUUGCAUAUCCACUGUUAGAAGUGGAUUCAGACACAACGUUAAGUGUUUGUGAUGGCUCAGAAGUAAAUAAAGAUAUGAAUGGGAGAAGUGUACCCAAUGCCGAAGUGGUAAAUAAUAUGUACAGAGAUAGAUUUAGAGAAUUCUACAAGAGGAGCUCACUUUUGUUUUUAACGUCAAAUUACAACAGACUUUACCUUCAUAAGUUAUCACUAAUUAAUCCGACGAAUUUGACAUCAGAUGAUGGGAGUGAUGACUAUAGUGUGAGAUAUUUGGUGACAAACAAUUAUUUGUUUUGUUAUGAUAACAAUAAAUUGUACCUGUACAACACCAGAGAUACUCAAAUAGAGCAUUAUUUUAAGAGAAAUUAUAAUAAUCUAAAUUUCAAUGACUUCAAUAUUCACCUAUUUAACUCAGAAACGAAUACUGAAAAGGGUGUUAAGAGUAAGGAAGUUGAUUUGGUAAUUGAUACUACUGACACUAAUACUAACUCUGUUGAUGGUGAUGAGGGGGUGGUGGACAACUAUAUGUAUAAAGUAGUAAAAAGUGAUAAGAUCAAUAACAUGAACCUGUUGACAGUAUCAAAUUAUUACUAUGUGUAUAAAAACAAUACUGUGAGGAGAUUUACAACACUUAACGGAAAGUCGAGAUUUAUUAAUGGAACAAUGAACUCAUAUACAGGCGUGAUGGAUUAUUCAGAUGGAGAAUUAGGCAGACUAAUAAGCAUAGUAGUGAAUGUGGGAGAAAAUGUUCUGAAUAAUCUGUAUAAUAUGCUAAAUGUGAGGAACAGACUUCAAAACUUCCACAAAAACAAUGAUAACAUUGUUAGGGAUAAGAAAAACUUUAUUAAUAAACAGUUGAAGUUGUUCAUUCAAUACUACCAGCACUUGAAAAGUACACAAAAUGGAUCUUCAGAAUUUGGUAACGCAGUUAAAAUCAGUGAGGGCUUUGAUCCUGAUGCACUAGUGCCUGAAGAUUACAUAAUAAUAUUAUUCAUAAGUAAUAACGACUUGAAGAUAAUAAGUUACUAUAAGCUGGAGAGUUUUGAGAAGGUGUUGUCGUUGAAUUUCGGACUUAUAAAAACCCACGAAUACCUGUUGGCAGGCACAUGUACAAACCUAGGCGAGUAUGUGGAAUCGAAAAGUAAUUUGAUAGUACUGGACUACAUGUCCACGAAAAAUACUGGUGAUGCCAACUACAGCACAGUAUACAGUGCGGACAGUGUUACUAUAACUGAUGUUGUUGGGGAUUUAUUUAAGAACGUUAGCCCUAUGAAGUUAUACCUAAAGAGGACAUUCCUGUACCCAAUCACGUUCAUAUCGACGCUAAACAACAAAACUAGUAUAAUUAACGACUUAAUAAAGAAUAAGGAAAUUAAUCUUCAGAUCCUGGAGGAGCAGGAAGAAGAAGACUCAAGCGCAGCUGAGGAAAGUGGAGUGGAGGAGAAGGGUUUAAAAAGAAAAUUAGACAACGCAGAAAAUUAUGGAGUUGACUCUAGUGUAACAAAUAAUGGUACUAAUAUUAAUAAUAACUCAACUGUUCCCAGUCUCAGCCACGACGAGAAUAACCUGAUAAUCCACUCAGUUGGAAGUAACAUAUACAUACACGAGUUAAAGGGUAAAAAUAUAAUCAAGGGUGCCUUUAACGAUUUAUACACUACAAUAUCAGCCGUUUCAAUUUUCAACAACUUCCUGUUAAUUGGCGAUGUUUUGAAGGGAUUGUCGCUGUUCAUGUACAUAUAUAAUAAGAAUAAUGAUAACAAGAAUAUCAUAAAGAUAUCGAGCACUGACCCGAAGAUAAAUUUGCCCAUUUUAAGUUGUGCACCACUGAUUGAAGAUAACUUGACCUUUAUGGCCACAGAUAAUAACCAGCACUUGCUUCAGUUCAUACACUACAAUCUGUACAAUACCAAUAAAGAUAAAUUGAUGCUAGUAAGUGGGACGAAAUUUAAUAAUAAUAUAACCCAACUACUGAGUACUAACCAGAAGAACGUAUUGUUUGGAGUUAGCAGUAGUGGCUGUAUAUACAGAAUUAUAAUGAAAAACGACAGGGUGUUCAGCCUGAUAAAGAAAAUGGAAACCUUGAUUUCUAAGGAAAACACUUUGACACUGACGAGUGAUCUCUAUUAUUUACAACUAAACAGCAUCAAAAACACAACUUUGUCUCUGGACUCCAUAAAGGAAGUGUUCCACGAGACCAGUGAGUACCACAAGUCCUUUCUGGGCAAGCUGAACUUAAAUCAACCCACUUCACUGUAUGACCUCCUGAACUUCUUAUAUCACCAAUUGUUCUCAAUGUGAU